GGGAAGCAAAUAUGUUGCUGUUCGCCAGAAACCUUCACCAUGGUUCAGUUUCGGGAUGGGAGAAAUUGGAUCCCUUUAUUACUAUUAAGUUUCUUCUUAGUUCAGGUUGAUGUUCAAUCCCUUUAUUUACGUUCCACAGAUUCUUUAAUUACCUUGGAUUCCUGGCCGAUAGUUGAAGGUGACCUCCUGUAUGUCUGCUCGGCUAACUUGACGUACAGUGUUCCUGAUACUGUACAGGACGCUGACCUUUCAUGUACAGAGUACACUUCGUCAGCUGUAACGAGUUUUGACAGCUUCACACAUAGCCAAAGUUUCGUUCAUACCACUGGAGAUGAUCUUUAUAACUGUCAGACAACCCUGACCUACACUCCUACUGACACUGUGACUGACGCUGAGCUCAAUUGUCUUGGACCUUACACAGACGCUGCAAAGUGCUUUUCUUCCUCUAGCUCAAGCUCAAGCAGUUCAUCAAGUUCUUCUUCUUCUUCUUUCAGCUCUUCAUCAAGCUCAAGCUCAAGUUCAAGUUCCUCGUCAAGUUCUUCCUCAUGUUCUAGCUUCUCCUCAAGUUCAAGUUCUAGCUCAUCAUUAAGUUCAAGUUCUUCCUCAAGUUCAAGCCUUUCCUCAUGUUCAUGCUCCUAUUUAAGUUCAAGCUCAAGCUCAAUUUCAAGUUUUUCAUACAGUUCAUCUUCAUCUUCAAGUGAAUUGGAUUGCCUCUGUGAAACAUCAAGCUCUUCAAGUAGCAGCUCCUCCGGCUCUUCAAGUAGCAGCUCCUCCAGCUCUUCAAGUAGCAGCUCUUCCAGCUCUUCAAAUAGCAGUUCCUCCAGCUCUUCAAGUAGUAGCUCCUCCAGCUCUUUAAGUAGCAGCUCAUCCAGCUCUUUAAGUAGCAGCUUAUCCAGCUCUUCAAGUAGUAGCUCCUCAAGCUCUUCAUGUAGCAGCACUUUAAGCAGUUGUUCUUCCAGCUCUUCAAGUAGUAGCUCAUCAAGCUCUUCAAGCAGUAGCUCCUCCAGCUCCUCCAGCUCUUCGAUCAGCAGCUCUUCCAGCUCUUUAAGUAGUGGCUCAUCUAGCUCUUCAAGUAGCAGUUCCUCCAGCUCUUCAAGUAGUGAGCUUGAUUGUUUAUGUGAAACAAGCUCUAGUUCCAGUUCCAGUCAGAGUUUUGGAUCCUGUUCUAGUUCUAGCUCCAGUUCCAGCUCUAGUUCCAGUUCUAGCUCUAGCUCCUGUUCCAGCUCUAGCUCCAGAUCUAGCUCUAGUUCUAGUUCCAGUUGUAGCUCUAGCUCCAGUUCCAAUCCUAGCUCCCGUUCAAGCUCUAGCUACAGCAGUUCCAGUUCCAGUUCUAGCUCUAGUUCCAGCUCUAGAUCAAGUUCCAGCUCUAGAUCAAGUUCCAGCUCCAGCUCCAGCUCCAGCUCCAGCUCCAGCUCUACCACAACAACAACCACAACUACCACAUCAACAACCACAAUCACAACAACAACAACCACAACAACAACAACUACUACAACAACAUCAACAACAACUACAGCAUGUGAUGGAUGCAACUGUCCCCAAGAAAUUUUCAUAGACCCAAAUGACUCUGCCUACCCGUUUAGUACUUUUGUCACCUCUCCAGACUAUCCUAACAAGUACCCUGCUGAUCAAGAUUGUACCUGGACAAUAAGGGCCACUUCCGGUAAAAUCAAUGUCGUCUUUGAUUCCUUCAAUAUUCAAUGGAACUCAUCCUGUGCAAAUGAUUAUCUCAAGAUAAGACCUGUUCAAAAGUACAGAUCUGCAACACUUUGUGGAGCUAAAGUUCCAUCUGGUUUCAAUUUAAUCUCGAAAGCAGAUACUCUUGUUCUCCAGUUCAGUUCUGAUUCUGCAACCCAGAAAUCCGGAUUCAGAGCAUUCAUAACAGCUAUUGGAUAAAUCUUGCAAAACUGUUGCCAGGAAAAAGGAUGGAAAGAAGAAUAAGAUUAUUGUACCUGAAAAUAUUUAUUGUUGUUGAAUCCUAUUUAUUUUGUUUAUGUAAUAAUUGUAUUUAGUUGUUGAUUCACAAGUUAAUUGAUAUGAGAAUAUUUAGAUUUAAGGGCUAAUAUAUAGUGUUCAAUUUGAAGUAAUUGCAAGGAAACUAUUUUAAACGUAAAAUCUGUCCAGCAAUUACUGAAAUUUAGAAUUUAACUACUAAAAUAGAUUUAACUAUAUCUGA